AUGGAGGGUAAAAUCCAAAAGAAGUACAAAGUGGUGAAGAACGAAGAUGUGAACCAUCGGUAUACUAUCAACGACGUAGAGGUGUACUUCCCCUACGAGCUGUACGACUGCCAGUACAAUUACAUGUUGAGCGUUUUGAAUGCAUUGAAGAAGAAGGAAAAUGCCAUUUUGGAGUCCCCAACUGGGACGGGCAAGACGCUAUGUCUGCUUUGCGCGAGUAUUAGUUACCUGGUGGACGUGAUGGAGAAGAAGGGAGCUUUCACGGAAAAUAUAAACAUCACGGAAAAUAAAAAAAACAUAUCAUUUGAUUUUAAGGAAAGUGAGAAUAGUAAAGGUAGCCCAACGAAAGCUCCUCCUCCAAAUGAGUUCCCCAAAAUAAUUUACGCAUCUAGAACCCACAGUCAAUUGAAGCAAGUUAUAAAGGAGUUAAGAAAUGUGUAUUUUAUUAAGAACAAUGAAAAGUACAAACUUAUGACAACCAUAUUGGGUUCCAGAGAUCAGCUAUGUGUUCAUAACAUUAAUUACAAUUAUAAAGGAACCAUGUUGAAUAAUAUGUGUAAGAGGGCGAGGAAAAAUGGAGAGUGUAUGUACCACAAUGGAGUGAAGCACAUAUACAAACUAAAACAUUUAUUUACUAUCCCUAUGGAUGUCGAAACACUUUGUGAGAUAGGAAAAGGGAACUCGGUAGGGCAAAAUGUCCUUUUUUGCCCAUUUUACGCUACGAGGGAAAUUCAAAAUGAAUGUCACGUAAUUCUACUUCCAUAUAACUAUCUCUUCGAAGAGAGCACAAGGAAAAUUCUCAAGCUGCACUUGGAACAUUGUAUCAUUAUAAUUGACGAAGGGCACAAUAUAGAAACUGUUGCGGAGGAAGCGGUGUCCUUCAAAAUUAAAGACUCCGACUUGAAUCUCUUUCUGGAGGGCAUCAAGGCUACGCUAACUGUGUUAGACAAAGUGAAGGAUGUUGAUAAGGAAAUGAAAGAAAGAAUCAAUGUGGACGAAUUGUUCAUACUGAAUAGGAGUAUCACAGCGUUGAUCUCCUGGCUGGAGAGUGAAAGGUUAGAAGAAAAUAAAAAAAAUAAAAUUAAAGAAAAGCAUAAGACAUAUGAAGGGAAACAAAUUUUUGAUAUUUUUCAAAAAAACAAUAUAAACAUAACAAAGGAUAAUUUUGAUAAGUUUCGAAAUUUGCUUUCAGCCAUGGUGGAGUUACUGAAUAGAUAUAUCAACGACUAUAAGAUAACCCAUAUGGACGUGAAAAAUAUUAACAGGUACAUCGCUACGAUUGAUAAUAUUCGCAAAUCCUUCAGCAUUCUCUUUAGCGAUAUAGUAAGAAAUUGCAUUGAAUAUUUUCAAUUGUACAUUAAUGAAGAAAAAGUGGCUUAUUCUGAAUGUAGUGAUGUGAGCAAAGUAUAUGAUAACAUGAAAAAAUUUACCAUGAAUAAAACAAAAAUUGUUUACGAUAAGUAUAAUUAUACCAUGAGCAAGAAUAUAUCACUUUUGUGCUUUUCUGCCACUGCAAGUUUAUUAGGAAUUAUAAAAGAAAAAGUCAAUUCGCUAAUUGUAACGUCUGGGACACUGUCCCCAAUUGAACCAUUUUCCAAACAACUUAGUGGGAAUUAUUUUUCCUUCAAACAUAUCCUUGAAAAUGACCAUGUGAUAAAAUCUCAUCAGCUAUUCGUUGGGUGCAUGACGCAUUAUAAUAAUCAAAUUUUACUCUCUACAUAUGAAAACAGGAGCAAUGAAAAUUAUAUGAAAGCGUUGGGGAAUUGUAUUUUCGAUCUUAUUAUUUGUAUCCCAUAUGGUGUGUUAAUUUUUUUUUCCUCGUACAGUUCUAUGACUGAAACGGUAAAUGCUUGGAAAAAAUUUAAAAUUUUCGAAAAAAUAAAUUCUUACAAAACCAUUUUUGUGGAACCAAAUAAAGCAGCAGAAUUGAAAGACGUCCUACAUCAGUAUGAAAAUCUUAUCAAGAAGAAAAGGAAGGGAGCUAUUCUUAUGGGCGUUUGUAGAGGGAAAAUUUCGGAAGGUAUAGACUUCAAGGAUGACUGUUGUAGGGGAGUCAUUAUUUGUGGUUUGCCAUAUGGAAAUGUGUAUGACACUAAAAUUAUUUUCAAGAAGGAAUUUCUCGACCAUUUUAAGUACGAAUCUGCUGGAAAUGAUAUGCUGGGUGGGGAUAGUGGAGCGGGUGCUCUAUCAAACAACACUACAUUAUCAAACAGUUCCAAGGGGAACAAAUGGUACAAUGAAGAAGCAAUGAGAUCGAUCAACCAGUCGAUAGGAAGAGUCAUUAGACACAAAAAUGACUAUGGGUCUAUUUUCUUUUUGGAUUCCAGAUUUUCCAACAACCAGAGGAUAAAGGAAAUCUCCAAAUGGGUCAGGACUCACUUCCGUAUAUAUAGAGACAUCGAACAGAUUCAGAGUGAUAUAGACAAAUUUUUUGAGCUCUUUAAGGGGAUACAACAGAACAAUCUGGAGGCAAGCGCCAGUGCAAGUGCGGGGGAAAAUACCAAGGGGGAAUGGAAUAGCAGCAGCACUACGGAAAAUACACGUAGUCAUAUGGAAAAAAUCGGAAAGAAUUUUCAAGACUGUUAUAUUAAGAGUAGUAACAAUAAGAGUAGUAGGAACAAGCAUUCCAUGGCACAGAACAAAUUUGUCUUCAAUCCUAGUAAGAAGAUGAAAAACCAACCCAAAAUACUUAGCAUGAUACAGAAUAUCACCAAAGGGAAAAAACAGGAGAAGAGUAUUUUGAUCGAUGAUAACAAAGAUCUGAAUAUUUUUAAAAGUGGUGAUGAGGUGAGUACAGAGCAGCCUGGUGGAGCUAAGCUCUCCAGCACCAAGUUGGACAAUGCCAAGUCCCUCAUAUCAUCCUUUAGGGAAAUUUUAUCGAAGGACAUCUACGAUCAGGUUUUCAAUCUCAUCAAGGAUACCAAGAUGAAGAGCAGCGAGAAUAAGUACGAGUUGAUGAUUAGCAAAAUUUUGGAGCUGGUCGUUCAGAAUUUUGUUCAGGAGAGAAGGGAAGCCUCAGGUGCGGGAAAAGAUGCAAAUGGAUGCCCUAAGAAGGGCGAAGAUGACAAGGAUGACUCUCUCAAUGAUACAUAUGUCCAAUCAAGUGCAACACAACCCUUCAACGAUGUAAUGACCCCGCGUCAGUUGAAGAUGGUGUGGGAAAUGUUGGUUAACCUCAUUAACAAUUUCUUGCCAGUUCAAGAAAAAGAAAAAUGUUUUUUAGUACUUCAGAAGAAGUUUAAGGAGAGGGCCACGGACUUUGACGAGUUGGACAAGUAUGUGUACAAUUAUAGGCUGGAAAAAAUUGAGAUUAUUUAG